AUGAAGCUGCUGUUCCAGUCGCUGUACGUGUCGCCGCGCGAGCUGGCGCUGCAGCAGAAGGAGGAGGAGCGGAGGCGCAACGAGGCCACGGCGCAGGAACCCAAGCAGACCAUGCGCGGCAAGAAGAAGCCGCAGGACGCCGACGGACUGGACGCGCGUGGCCAGGGCGAGACGUUCCAGGCCGAGACGCUGGCCGAGAACCACGCGCUGCGCCUCAAGCUACUGGCCGAGAGGGAGGAGGAGGCCGAGCGCGAGCGCCAGAUGAGUCUGCCGCCCGGCUUCUUCCUGCAGACGCGCGGCCAGGGCCACGAGGCCAUCAGCUCCAAGUCCGCCUACUGCAUCAACGUGGUCACGCCCAGCGACUCGCCCGGCGUGCUGCUGGACUUUGAGCUGUACCUGAACGCGCUUCCCUCGGCCAGGCCCGUGUACGCGUACAGGGGCAACGGUGAGCAGGAGAGCGACAGCUACAGCGACUGCGACGGUCAGGCCGUCAAGCGUCUGGACAUGCCCCCGUCCGUGAUCGACAUUUACCUCGAGCGACACCCCGUGGACAGGAAGUACUACCCGGACUUCCACGCCCCCAAGGAGAAGACCAUCUGGAUGAUGCAGAACGUCGAGUUCUUCGACCGCCACGAGCUGGCCAACCCGACGGUCGGCGUCAUGAUGGUCAAGAACCGCAUCGGCCUCAAGAAAGUGCUCGAGUACAGGCAUCGACACCAACUCUCGUACUCGGUCUUCUACACCAAGCACACGAGCCGCGACUUGUACCAGCCGGCGGUGCAGCGCGACUGGACGUCGUUCCUGCAUCUCGCAGGCUGGAGUCCGUUCAAGAACACGCGCGUGAUUCUGCAGGCGUGGGCGCUGCAUCCCGAGUGGCCCCAGCUGAUCAUCCGAGUGAUUAAGGCGGAUUUGUGCGCGUGGAUCGAGGAGCAGUUCGGAACGAAGGAGACGUGGCGGCUGCAGAAUGUGGACUACGCGUGUGGAUCGGUGCCUGCUGAAGAGAAGGACAGGUUGCAGAACGAGAUUGGCCUCCACCUGUGCCCGAGCGAGACGGAAGGGUUCGGCCACUACAUCAACGAGGCUCGCAGUGUCGGCGCGCUUAUCCUGACGACGAACGUGCCGCCGAUGAACGAGCUGGUGGACGAGAAGAGCGGCGUGCUAGUAGGGGAGCCGCACCCGUGGUGGUGGCAGACAAAGGGAGACUUAUUUAUGCCGCUGGCGCAAGUGGACGUCGCCGACAUCGAGCGAGGGGUGGAGCAGAUUCUGCUGCUCUCCAUAGAGGAGCGUCAACGGAUGGGCCGGCGGUCUCGAGCCAAGUUCCUCGAGGACCGCGCCUACUUCCUCAACGCUAUGACUGCACUGGAAGAGAGCCUCUGCCAGGACGAGAUCCGGAUCGAGAAAUUACAGCCCUAUCUGUACUAGUGACCCGCGCGCGUCGCGGGACUGCUCGACGAUGACGUCGAGCUCGGAUAGAUAGAGAUAUAGCACCUGCCUGGCAGUCUAGCUUGUAAGUAGUAGCAUAGUUAUCCCCCUAUGACCCUGUCCGGCCUUGCCUGCCAUGUCGGGCGAGCAAGGUCGUGAGUACCAGACAGAUCACGCACUUGAUAGAACCAGCUUCCCUCAAUUGACUCAUUGCCCAAAUGCGGCAAAGCUAAACGUCGACUUGAAAACAAAUUCACACCACUUGGUAGAUU